AUGGCAAUGGAAGUUGCGGCAAUGACAGCUGGGCCGGUUAAGAACCUUACCGCCAUUGAAAAUGUGGCCACCGAUUUUCCGCAAGCUAUGAUCUUUGGUUGCAAAGCCAUGAACAAACCUAUAAAGAACAAAAAUAUACGAGACGACGUCCGGGUCGACCCGGAACGAGGCGAUCGAGGCGGCGGCCCCUCCAGGGAACUGGUCGGAGAUGAGGGCGCGGGCCCCGCGAUACUCGAACAUGAAGAGCAUGAGGGUGUACCAGACGACGCUCUGCAUGACGACGAUCUGGACCAUGAGGUUGGCCGAGAAGUCGCCGUACAUGGCUCGGAGCAAAGGGAUCCCCAUGACGAGGGUGUUGGGGAGGGUCGAGAGGGAGAAGAGGGUGAUGGUCCAGUCGAGGGACCCGUUUUUCGAGAGGGAGUGCCAGAGGAGGAGAGCCGAGAGGAUGACGACUUUCUGGAGGGAAUCGGCGGCUAUGAAGUGGUAGUUCAUGGCGUAGAUGUCGUUGGUGGAGAUGAAGUGGAAGCCGAGGAGUGGGACGGCGAAGACGGCCACGAAACGGUUGAUGCCGGAGCAUUGGUCGGGGGUAAAGAUCUUCCACCAACGAACCGAGCCGUACGCGAGGAUCAUGGCCACGUAGAGUGGGGUUAUGGCCGCCAAAACGUCGUAUUUUCUUUGGUUUAUUUUUAG